AUGGCUGCCACAGUGGAGGAAGUCAUUGCCAAGGCUGAGAUGCUUGAGAUUGAGCCUAAAACAGGUGUUGCUUUGAAGCCACAGCCACCUAACAAGGAGACAGUGAAUGGCACUGAACCAAAGAUAGCUGAUGGUGAGACAGGCAAAGGGGAGAUGAACAAUACCAAAGGAGUGAAAGUUACUGAGGAGCCAAAGAGUGAGACAGUUCAAGAAGACAAGUUAGUUCAUGUGCCCGGGGAUGAUGUAAAGAAAGAGGAAGUGCCUGUUGAGACUGAACCUAAGACUGGGAUCUCCUUCCCAGUUAAGUUGGAUGAUGGGAAGCAGUUGGCUGCUGAUGUUGAUUUGAGGAAACGGAGCAUGCUUGGCAUCGGCAUCAAAAUGUAUGGAUUCGGGAUAUAUGCAGAUAGUGAGAAACUGAAAGAUCUUCCGAGGACAAAAAUUGGGCAAGCACCAACAAAACCUACCAAGGAAACGUACCAACUGGUAAUUGGCAAUAAUGCAGGAAUGUUGGUGCGAUUGGUGAUUGUGUUUUCUGGGCUCAUUAUGAGCAUGGUGAGAAAGAACUUCAAUGAAGGUCUAGGAGCAGCCAUCAAAACACUGGUGGAAAGAAUGACGAGCUCACAAUUAACUCAAUUCUUGAUCAUGGGAGAAGCAUCAUAUGACACGAAACUGACACCUGGUUCAGUAAUUGAGAUGUUCGGGCUUCCAGGAUACACUGUCCAAACAGAAGUGAUGGGAGAUGUAGUGAGCAAGGUUGAAAGUGAAGUCCUCUGCAGGGCCAAUAUCUACUUGUAUCUGGGAGAAGAUCCUUUUGAUGCAGAAGAGAAAUGUGGGAAAUCUUUGCUUUCUCGCUUCUGAAAAGAGAGUCUAAGCAGCUUCAAGGUUCGUAAGAAAUAAGGGACAUCUACAUCUCUGUCUACUUUGUUGUGACUGAAUAUCUGACCAAUAUAGCAACGAUAAUGGGACGGGGUUUCUGUUACAAAUGCAAGCAU